AUGUAUUUAGCGCUAAGUCAUGUCACUGAACUUAAUUAAUUAAUAACAAUUCCCAAAAAAGUUCUGCUUGCAAAUAAGAGUUGGUAAGAUUAUAUAAAAUGACUUUUAGAUUGUAAUGGCAUCUCCUUUCCUGGACAUCGCUCCGCGCACUUCUCUUCUAGCAAUAGCACCAUUUAAGCUUUCUUAUCCGUACCAAUUGAUUAGGCUGUUAUCGAUGAAUUUAAAAGAAAUACUAUAUGUCUGGUAAUAAGAGCAGCUAACAACAACAUCAAAAUUUUUGAGUCACCACAAACUAGCAAAGCAUUAAAAUAGUCUACGAGGACCUGUUUAGACGAAAGGUCGCUUUGUAAUCACAAAAAAAGAGCAAACAAUGUCACAACUCGCUGUGAGACCACUAAGCGCACAACUUCAAGCUGCCGCAAUUAAAGAAUUGAAUGAGGUGCCCGAACGUGUGGCGGCCGACAUCGAGGCGCUGCGCACCUGGAUCCAACAACAGCCGCAUUUGCGCGCACGUGACGAUGAUCAAUUUUUGCUCUCCUUCCUGCGUGGUUGCAAAUUUAGUUUGGAGAAGGCCAAAAGCAAAAUUGACAAAUUCUAUACGUUGCGCACCAAAUAUCCGGAAUUCUUCACCAUCAACGAUGUAGACGAAAAAAAGGUGCGCGAACUCAUAAAUACCGGCAUACUAGUAUAUUUGCCGACGCCGUUAAAUGAAAAUGGACCACGUAUUGCUGUGGUAACCCUGGGCACUUAUUCAGCUGACAAAUAUUCUAUAGAAGAUGUGGCGCGAACUAUGGAUGGCAUACAGGAGAUAUUUAUGCUCGAAGAUGACUAUGCCGUUGUCUAUGGCAUAACAACAAUAAUUGAUGUGAAAAAGGGUUCGACGGCGCAUCUAAUGCAAAUGACACCAUCGAGUAUGAAAAAAAUGACUGUUUUCUCGGAAGAGGCCUUGCCAUUUCGCACCAAGGCUACACAUUUUAUAAAUAUACCAAGCGGUUUCGAAGCAUUCUUUAAUGUGCUCAAACCUAUGCUGUCGAAGAAACAGCAAAAGCGACUUUCUCUGCAUGGCAAUAAAUUGGAUAAACUUUACGAGCACAUCCCUUUGAAAUAUUUGCCCAAAGAAUAUGGCGGUGAGAACGGUUCCAUUGCGGAGGGCAUCGCCGAGCUCAAUCAGAAACUCGAUGCGUACCGGGAAUACUUUAAGGCGAAUACGCAAUAUGGAACGGACGAAAAGCUUCGUCCUGGCAAACCACUCGAUUUCGAUCAAAUUUUUGGUGUGCAGGGUUCUUUUAGAAAGCUGGAAGUAGACUAAUCAAAUAUAUAAUGAAAACACUACAUUUUUUCUUCCAAAAAAUAUGUUUGUAUGUACUGAAAUUGUAUGUAACAAGUAAGUUUGUUGGUUUUUAAUAUCUUGUUUAAUGUUGGCUUGACAGUUUAUUAAACUGUCGUCAUUUCUAUCGGCGAAGCUAAUUACACGGCUAUGGAAUUUAUUUUUUAAGUUUGUAGUUUAAGAAAUGUGUCUCAAUUUCGAAUGUCUCUAUUUUGAAACUUCAAUUCACAUCUCAAAAAUGUCCAUAAAGCUAAAAUUUUCUGUUUUUAGACAGCAGAUAUCUUCAGUGCUAAUAAAAGUACAACAUACAGGGUUUGUCCGGAAAGUAAUAGGACUGAUUUUCUUCCGCCGCGACUGUACUUUGGAGCGUGCGCGGCACCGACUGGAUUCGGUAGAGAAUGUUCCUAGCUAACGAACGAGCGGCUGGUCAGUCGUCUCCGGCACCUGGAGAGUCAGGACAAACAUUUUCGCGCGACGUGUUUCUGU